GUAACUUUUCGCUGACAAGUCAUGAACAAUCAUGGAGACGUCUGCCUUGAACUUGGCACAUGAAAAACAGAGAAGAGCAGAAGCAUUACUGCGUGGAGGAAAAUUUGAAGAAGCAGCAAAGUGUCAUGAAACUGUAGCUGAUCUUUUAACGGAGGCUCAUGCUCGGCUCAAGUCUAAUCUCGUACAUAUACAUGCACCUACAUUAUCCUCUCAAGAAACGCCAAAAUUUCUGACACCAAUUCAAUCAUUAGUCACUCUAGAAUCCCUCAGUCUACAACGAGAUUACCAUAAAAGACAGGCAGCUGUUGUCAGAAUGAAACAAGUACAGUAUGAAGAAUAUAAAGCAACAUUAGAAAAUCGCCAAAAAGAUCUUAGUAAACAUGUAGCUAAAUACAAUGAAAAAGACAAUUAUACAAAUAUAAGGACUGAUAAGUUUGAUGGUUCCUUACGUCAAGCUAUAUACAAAACUAUUGACGAACAAGAUAGUCUUUUGAGUUUGAUAUCUUUACCCGAUAGUGAAGAAAAAACCUUCAAACAUCCAAAAGAUACUGGCACUGUUAUAGAGGAACUUAGAACUGUCAAUAGCCAAUUGCGAUCUCUUGUGGGGAAUUUGCUUAGCCAAUUGGAAGUAAAAGAAGAAGAAGUACGUCAGCUAACAGAACGUCUCUAUGCAGUUUCUGUCAAUUCCAACAAUGAUAUCAGAUCAGAAGAACAUCCUUUAUGUCUUGCGCCGUUACCACCUCUAACACCUCUUGAAAUGCCACCUUUUGAUUUUACAUCUACAUAAACUAUAGGUUUUAUAUAUCUAAAAUCAGGGAAAAAAAUCUUCAAAAAAACGCACAGAAAAAGAUUGAAAAAUAAUGUUGAGAAGUUACAAUUAGCAUUGUAAAAAUUUUAUAUAAGCAAAUAAUAAAGUACACA